AUGACCGACAACAACCCAAACCAAAACACAACAAGCUGGUUCCGCACCUUCGGCCGCUCCAGCAGCAACAUCACAAAACAACAACACCAGCAACAACACCCACCGCCACCACCGCAAUCGCAACCGCCCACCCUCCAAACCCGCCACACCUUCCACCGCGUCCCGACCCCCGUCUCAACCCCAACCGACUCCCCCAUUACCGGAUCCCCCCAAAGCCGCUCCCACCACUCCCAACACCACUCCCAACACCACUCCCAACACCACUCCCACCACGCCCACCACCACCACCACCACCGCAAAUCCGCCGGCGCCACCCUCCGCACCGUCUCCAGCUUCCUCAGCCUCAAGAACAGCAGCGCCCGGAAUGGCUCGUCAUCCACCCUCGACGCCAUGGCAGCGGGGGUAGGCUCCGCGGGGUCGGAGUCCGAGCCGCCGGUGUGGGGGGCGUCGUCGUCGUCGCUGGCGAUGCUGCCGCUAAGUGAGAUGGAUUAUUAUUACUCGGGUUACUCGGGUUAUGCGGGUUCGGAAGGGGGUGGUGGUGGUGGUGGGGCGAGGAGCAGGAGUGGGAGUGGGAGGAGUGGGAAUGGGAGUGGGAAGGAGGGGGGUGCUGCUGCGAGGGAACCGUGGCAUAAUCCGAGUCUGAUGCAGAUGGCCGAGUUGUUGAGUAGUGUGAUGGGGAGGAUGGGGGCGGGGGAGAGGUUGGAUCCGACUUACCACUCGUGCGUCUUGUCCCUCAUCGAGGGCUUCUACCGCCUGACUCGGAAGUUGCGAGACACAGAAGAGAAACUCGCAGAGAUAAAGGACUUGCGGGAGAGAGAGCUGGAGCAGUUCCGCGGCAUGACGGAGGAGUGGAUCGAGACCGGCGAGGCCUACAAGGCAGAGGUCAAGCGUCUCGAGCUCGCCCUGGCCAAGGAGAGCAGGGACGGCGUGGCCAGCGUGGCCCUCGCCCGUCAUGGGAGUCUCGUCGACCGUGUCGGAAGCAAGCGGUUCCACGCCAAGCUGAAGCGGCUGCACAGCUUGCAAACUCAAGAGGCCGCCAAAGAAGACCAGGCACGGCCGUCGGAGGAAGAGGACCCGAUUGACCUUGCCGAAGCCACGAGCAGCUACAGGACGUUGUGCGCAAUCCCAAGGAUCCUUGAUGCUGAAAACGAUGUUACCCUGAGCCGUGUCGUGGAACAGCGCGAGUUUGAAGAGUGCCUAGCUCGCCACCAACGCCGAGAAGGACGAGUUAGGGCUGCUCCGGUCCUUGUUCACCCAGGUGGCGCUCCUGAACCUCAUGAUAUCCUCAAGGAUACUCUGAGGGACCAGCAUUCUUCGAAUCCCAUCGCAAGUCAAGAUACCUUUGUCGAGACGGCGACGGAAUAUGCGAUCAUAAGCAACGACCAGCCAAGUGUUACACCUAGCCUCGAAUCCCAGUCUUCUCUGUCAACGGAUAAUGAAUCGACGUCGUCCUCGGAUUCAUCAUCUCCUGACACAGAGGUCGACCCUGCACCGCCCUCUUUCAGCCUGUUCGGUAAAUCGAAGGGCCGGCCGAAUAAGGGAAAGAAACAUUCCGAGGCAUCAGAGUCAAGUCACCGGGCGCCCGAGGGCCGGCGCGAGGGCAAGGGCAAAGGGGUGUUGCCACAGUUGAGGAUCACAACCCGCCAUUCUGAACAUCACGAGUCUCUGCUAGCCCAGCCAACCGACAUGAAAGAGCGGCGCAGGUGCUAUUCGUUCGACAAGGGGGGCGACGAGGUUUUAUCCGUGACCUCUCCUAUUUCUCCCCCCGAGGUCUAUCCCCCACUCGCGCCAUCUACGGGAGAAGAAGCCCUAGCUCCAGCAGAAACCAACAGGUUGCUUUCGGUCUUGUCGGGCCUUCGGGGCGCGGUAUCUGACAGUGAAGGCAGUGUGCCAGCUGCACCACCGUCAGACUCUAGCUCCGGUUCGAUGAGCCAUUCCACAUCCACUAAUACUGUCAGAUGGGUGGGCGAUGAUGGUGGCCGUGGUGAUGGCGCACUUGAGGGCAAUAACAGCGACCAUGAGCGAAGGCAAGACAGUUCCUAACUGAUAAAUUAUGCUUAUACGAGGGGCACAGGAUGCUCGGAGCUUCUCCCGCUCGGUAGGGCAGCGACAGCCUCACCAUACGCUCCCUCCAGCACGAUUUGCUCUUGGGGCACAUAGAUGUAUGCCACGGUAUGGCACAACACCGAGCGUUGUGCUCCGACAGCGGUUCAUGGGAAGCAG